AUGUUGGAUCCCGCUUCAGCGUCGGUCGCAUUCAUCGGCUUCGCUGCCAGCCUUGCGACGCUCGCUGGCCUUGUGGUCGACUCCAUCCAGACCCUCAUCGAGCUUCGCAGCAGACUUAAUGGGGCUCCUGAAGAGCUCAAGCGGCUGUUAUCUGUCCUUCGACAGCAUGAAUCGAUUCUCGUCGACCUCAGAGAUCGUACCAGCACGUUUACGUCGGAGGAACUGUCAGACGAGCUACAGAAGUUCUGGCAGGAAAACAACACACAAAUGGCAGCAGACUAUGCGCGGCUAAAAGAGCAUGUGAAAAAGAUACAAGUCACCUUCCAAGGAACGACAGUCACCAAAAAAUACCUACGAGCUCGAAUCCAGAAUGCCUUCCGUUCCCCGGAGGUGCAGGAAUUGGAAACCCGUCUACAAGGCAACUUGAGCAAGUUCGAUGCUGUGCUUUCCAUGGUUGUUGAAAGCCGACUUCGAAAACAGGACCAUCAAGAACUCCAAAGUAUUCGCUUAUCCACGUCUAGGACAGAGACGUAUCUCUCGCAACAAGCUGUGCAACUUAGUGGAAUAGAGCACCGGCUCCGAUUUAUCUCUUCUCACUUGAAGGUUCCUGCUGGUAGUAAUCACCUAUUUCGAGGACGCAAUUUUCAAGCUCCCAGCCUCAACCAAGGCAAUCAUCAGGCUCGAAGGCUGUGGCCCGGACUUCCGCGAUUUGCCAGAAUUUUAUUAGCUGAAACAGAAGGAAUGUGUCUCGUCCGUCGGUACUGGUUUGGAUUUUUGAGGGUUAAGGUGAUUCGCGACACAAUCCAGGAAGAUCCAUCCUCAUUGGAAGCAUUUGAAGACCACACAUACGUCGAGUUCACCUAUAUUCCUCCAAGAUGGUUGUCUGAUAUGUGUUUUACCGUCUCACUGACGCCUUCCGCACGUCUCCAGUUGCAGAACGUGCAUGUCAACUCGGACCCGAGACUUUUCAAGUACUUAUUGUCUUGUGAUGUUCAGGGUCUACAAACUAUGUUCGCCCAUGGGCUAGCCCAUCCCCUCGACCUUAUACCGCUGCACUAUGAUUCCGAGCUCGCCGAUACGCCGGAUUAUCCACGUGGGGGACCGGAAUCAUUAUUUGAGGCAAGUGUCAUGUUACGGGUUCUGGAACAGUGA